GACCAAAACAUUAACCCACUUGGGCGUGCCAGAUACCUAGACAGCUAUGCUGCCAGUGCUCCUCUUGGAAGCGAAUAUAUCUUUUCUUGUGAAUCUAUCCAUCUCCUCUCUCACCAUCAGCGACUACACCAGCGCCCUCACACCUGAUUGAAAGAACACCCCGUCACUAGGUAGCUGGGAACUCCUGAACCUCCCAAAAUGGCCGCCAAACAAGUAUCCUGCCUUGAGAAGCUGGAGGAGCUACUCGAUGUCGAUGUGGACUGCAUGGACCAUGACUUCAUCAAAUCAAUGCCCAUCAAGCCGCACGACCAAACCAGUAACCAAAAGUUUGUUGAUCUGGAGCUCGCCGACCCGGCGAACCGGGACCUGAUGGUACAAGUGGCAAAGGAGCUCAAGGGCGCGGACUGGCUGGCCAUCUACACCCGCGUGGCUGUGCUCUUGUGCAAGAAGAACAUCGACCUCAUCAGCGGCCGCGUCUUGCUCCAGACCUCUCCUGCCAGCGCCUACGACACCGAGGCCACGCUGGCGCACGCUCGCCUCUACGACCAAGAGUUUGCCAAGGCCGGGAUCCCCAGAGAGCGGUUUUGCAUCAAGAUCCCCAGCACGGGGCCGGCCUUGAACGCCGCCAAGAUCCUCCACGGCGAAGGGAUCGCGACCUUGGGAACGGCCCUUUUCAGCGUCGUGCAGGCAAUCGCGUGCAGCCAGGCCGACUGUCUGUCCAUCAGCCCCUACUACAACGAGAUCCACGCACACGACCCUGCCAAGAGGGACCAGGUCUGGCCCAAAACCACGGACCCGGUUUCCCAGCACCCCAUGACUCCCCGCCUGGUCCAGAUCCUCGACACCUACAGGCGCCUCUACAAGGAAACGGGCAAGAUGCAGCCGCUGCUGAAGAGCGCCAGCUUCAUCUCGGUCGAGGAGGCCAUGGCGUCGGGCGAGCUUGGCUGCCAAUCGGCGACUCUGCCCAAAGAAAUCCUCGAUGAUUUGGCCAAGACCCCGUACGACCCGGCCAAGCAGCCUGGCGAGGGAGUGCCCAAGCCCUCCCACGCAUACAGCGACCCCAAGCCGCUGCCCGAGCGGCUCCAGGCGCUGCUUGGCAAGGACCCACUGACGCAGGGGUUGUGGGACGGCAAGCUCCCAAGCACCGAGGUGGACUACCUCGCAAACGGCGGCGCGGAGCUCCAAAAGGCGAUCCAGGCGGACCCGGCCACCAAGAAGCGGCUGGACGACGCGCUCGAGUUUUUCAUCGACGCCGAGAAGCAGAGCAAGGCCCGCGUCGAGGCGGUUGUGGCGUCGCUGGCGUAAGAGUUUGAGCGUGGCGGUCAGAACAUGGCCACAAAAAUUGGCAGCAAAUCGGGGUCCUCGCAUAUGUUGCACCCAAUAAUUGCCUUACACGAGGAUAGAAACUAAAAUGGACCUCAGGCUUCUAUCUUGAGGGAUUUUCAUUACUCCGCUGUUCCCGCCUUCAGCAUAGAGAAAAAUGAAAUGCCAAGAGCAUAAAUGCGGAGUUGCCCAAUUGAGAAAUGGGCCGUGCACACUCACUCGCGUCGCAAAACCAACCUACGCCUUAGCUGCAGUGAAGCAGAAGCAGAUAUGACGUCAUCAUUUGCCCG